ACGUCAGACGUCAGCCUGUGCCUCCUCUCCGCCCAUUUUCUCCUCCCUGAGCUUCGUCGUUUAGGAAAUAGAAGCUGAGCAGAGCCAGGACCCACCUGACCGCGGGCUACUGUGAGGACACAGAGGGAAGCCCGAGGGCAAGAAAGAGGAGUGGGGAUCCAGGGGAGGAGGGCGCCUCCCUCACGGGACGGAAGACACCCCCACCCCCCAACACGCCACGGACACGUGCCUGGCUUGGGGGAAGUCACAGAGCCCGCACUGGCAGAGACUGUCCAACAGGCAUCUGUGUAGUCAAACCAAGAAGACCCUGAAGUGUCCUUGGACUGGGGGGGGCGGAACACAUCGGUGACGGACAGGCCCGUCUGCCAAUCAGACGAGAGCUAACUCUGAGGCCGAGAGGGCCCGCAGGAUGGACGGCGGCUGUUGGGAAGUGACAGACAGCCAACAGCGGGGAUUGGAAAUGGGGAACGGGAUGGUCCUUGGGGGACCCCACCCAGAGAGGGGAGCCUGCCUGGGCGCUGUGGGUGACCAAAGGGCCUGCCUCGAGAUGGGCGGGCCUUCCCUCCGACCACCCCCAAGCCAGCCGUUCCCGCAGCAGCACCUUCUCCUGCGGCACCUGCGGGAAGAGGCGGGAGGAGGGCCUGGAGGAGCUGGAGCGGGGCCCUCGCGGCGGGGAGGGAAACCGGCGACCGGGAGCACUGCUGCCACCUAGUGGGACACGCCUGUUAUUUCUCCUGGCUCCCAGCCCCAGGCUCAUCCUCCGCGGAGCGCUAAGGGACACCCCCAUGCCCUUGAAUCUGGGGGCACAGGCAGGGGGUUGCCUCAGAGAGGAAAAUGCCCGGCCCUGGGAAGUGUGCGUCGCCCACAUGACUUUGCUCCUCUGUGCCUGGGUUCCCUUUUCAGUAUAUGGAGGACAGGCUAGCUGCGAUGGGUAACGGAGUCCGUGUCGAGAGUGGAUGGGGCUGGGGGGUCCCUGGAAGUGUUUAUCCCUGCCCCUCCCCCCAGGAAAGACGGUGCCUGCACCUCUCCUUAGUCCCAGCUUCCAGCAAGCUUGUCCCGGGUCCCUCCUAGUUCUAAAUGUUGGGACUGCCCCGUUACUGUUUUAUCACUGGCAUCGCCCCAACGAUGAAGGCCCUGGGCAAGGGGGGGUCCUAAAGUGUCUUCUGAUGCGGGGACUUGGGGGAAGGGUCCCAGCUCCCAGUGCUUUCUCUCGCCCCUCACCGCAGAGCUCAUGCUCAGAAUGACCCCAGGCUAUGACAUCACAGAGCCCCCAACCCUGUCCCAGGAGCGGAAGGGUCAUGAGGCUGCGGCAGUGGGCGUGGGCAUGGGCGUGGCUGGCUGGGCUGGCGGCCGUGGAAACAGCACCCAGCCAGGAGAGCACCAACACCUUGGCUCGGGGAGCAGAGUCUCUGUACUUCAUAGACAGACCCGACUUCUUUGAUUACCCAGACUCAGACCAAGCCAGGCUCCUGGCUGUGGCCCAGUUUAUUGGAGAGAAACCGGUCAUCUUUGUUAACUCAGGAUCCACCUCCGAUUUCUUCCAUCACAUCUUGGUGGGCGCCCUGGUAGUGGCCUUCUUCUUCCUGCUUUACCAGUUCUGCACACACAUGAGCUGUGAGAGAGGGGCCUGAGGAGCCGCACAAGGGCCCGGGACUCUGCCCUGAGUGCCCAAACCCACCCUCCUCUCCUGCUGAUGAAUAAAAGUCUACUUUUUCCUUCCCUGACUGCUCCGUAACUAGGCAGGGCUUCCUGCCCCGUCCUGGGGUCAUCCGCGCUUUCCACCCCCAGACCCCCCACCCUUCCCCGCACCAAACGACUGGGUGGAGAGGGCCUUGCUGGCGUUCA